AUGGCGGUGGAGACCCUCGAGUCCUGCAUGGUGAAACCCAGCGACGCGGCGACGACGACGCCCAUGCACGUGGUCUGGCUCUCCAACCUCGACCUGCUCGUGGCCAGGAGCCACACGCCCACCGUCUACGUGUACCGGCGGCCCAGCCCUGACGUCCCCGGCUUCUUCUCACCGGACGUCCUCAAGGCCGCCCUGUCCAAGGCGCUCGUCCCCUUCUACCCCCUCGCCGGCCGGCUCGCGCAGGACGGCGCUGGCCGCCCGGAGAUCCACUGCACCGGCGACGGCGCGCUCUUCGUCACCGCGCGCGCCGACGUCACCCUCCAGGACCUCGCCGGCGGCGGCGGGUUCGCCCCGUCGGAUGAGCUGCGGAAGAUGCUUGUCCCCUCGGCUGCUGACGGCGAAGACCGCGUCGGCAUCUUGGCCAUGUUCCAGGUGACGUCGUUCAAGUGCGGCGGGGUGUGCGUGGGCGCGGCGAUCCACCACACGGCGGCGGACGGCCCCGCGGCGCUCGACUUCGUCAACACGUGGGCCGCCAUCGCGAGCAAGGGCGUCGACGAGGCCGCGCCGCGCCCAUGGCUGGACCGCACGGUCCUCCGCGCGCGCUCCCCUCCCGACGUGCGCUUCGACCACAGCGAGUACGCCCGGCGCCGUGGCGGCGGUCCAAAGACAGCGAGGGUCCCGUUCGACUCCGCCAUCCUGCCCAUGUCCAAGACCCAGCUGGACGCUCUCAAGGCCGGCGGUGGCCAAGGCAAUAAGAAGGUAUCCACGUUCAAGGCCGUGGUCGCCCACGUGUGGCGGUGCGCGUGCAUGGCGCGCGGGCUGGCGGAAGACGACGACACCCGCCUGUACAUAACCGCCGACGCGCGCUCCCGCGUCCGCCCGCCGCUCCCGGCAGGGUACCUCGGCAACGCCAUCUUCCGCGCGUCAGCGGUGGCCAAAGCGGGCGACGUCGUCUCGGAGCCGCUCGACGCCGUCGCGGGCAGGGUGUCCGGCGCCACCGCCCGGCUGGACGACGAGUACGUGCGGUCGCUGGUGGACUGCCUGGAGCAGGUGGUGAGCGACGCGGCGGGGCUGCGCAAGGGGGAGUGGGUGAUGCCGGAGACCGACCUGUGGGUGAUAAGCUGGCAGGGGCUGCCCAUCUACGACGCUGACUUCGGCUGGGGCCGGCCGGCGUUCAUGGGCCGCGCGUGCCUCCAGUUCAGCGGCCUCGUGUACCUCGUCCCCGGCCCGGACGGCGACGGCCGCCUCGACGUUGUCGUGGCCAUGGAGCCCAAGAGCCUGGCCAGGUUCAAGGAGCUGUUCUAUGAGCUCAUCAAGGGUGCAGGUGUUCCGUGCAUGGCCGAAUAA